AACAAACAUAUAUAAUUCUGUGAGUCUUGGUCUUGCUUUGUGGGGAGUGCUGUUUCUCUCUUAUGACUUGGACCUUUUGGGCUCUGUAGCAUUUUGUUUUGCUAUAAACUACAAACAAAUGGAGCUCUACCAUGCUUUGCCCUUCUUCUGCUACCUGCUGGGAAAGUGCUUCAAGAAAGGCCUGUUGGGCAAAGGGUUAUGGCUGUUGAUGAAACUGUCUUUUAUUGUCAUUCUUUCUUUUGCAAUCUGCUGGCUCCCAUUUUGUACAGACAUUGAACAAAUUUUGCAAGUACUCAGAAGGCUCUUUCCUGUAGAUCGAGGUUUGUUUGAGGAUAAAGUAGCCAAUAUUUGGUGCGCUGUAAGCAUUCUUUUCAAAAUAAAGACAAUCCUGACAAAAGAUACACAACUUAAAUUAAGUUUUGCUUUAACAUUCCUGACUGUACUUCCCAGUUGCAUGAAACUGACUCUGCAACCUUCGCUCAGAGGAUUUAAAUAUGGCUUGGUUUGCUGUUCAUUGUCUUUCUUCCUCUUCUCAUUCCAAGUGCAUGAAAAAUCUGUUCUUCUUGUUUCAGCACCAGUCUGUUUAGUAAUACAUGAAAUUCCUUUUAUAUCUACGUGGUUUCUUCUAGUUUCAACUUUCAGCAUGCUUCCUCUUCUAUUAAAGGAUGGCCUUCUUUUGUCUUACAUUGUCACAAUGUUGGCUUUCCUCCUGGUGUGUACAACUUCUUUUUCAAUAUUUGAAAAAACAGCUGAGGAAGAUCUGCAGUUAAAAAAACUUUCCAGUUACCUAAGGAAAUACGCUACUUGGCUUAAGACAUUUUCAAAAGUUAUGAAGAGUUUAUUUUUCAUCUCAGUAACUCUGAUGAGCAUCCUGACUUUAAUGAGUGCCACAGUGGAACCUCCAAAGCAUCUACCAGAUUUAUUUCCAGUAGCUGUGUCUGUUGUAUCCUGCUUACACUUUCUCUUUUUCUUGCUGUAUUUUAAUAUCAUUGCAAUGUGGGAAUCAAAAGAUGGUCGAAACCAGAAAAAAAUAAAUUAAUUUCAAGUGCCAACUUGAAAAAUUAAUACCUCUUACUUGGAACAUACCAUUUAUGUUUCUAUAGAGCUUUGCCUUAAAGCAUUCUAUAAUGAAAGGCAAUUCUUUUUGUCAUUUCAUGUAUUUUCUAAGAAAAGCCAGAUGAAAAUAUUUACAUGUUAAUAUGUGCUGUUCACAAGAGACUUGUGCUUACUCCUCUUUUCAGUGCAGUAAAAAAAGAACCCUUGACAUUUGAUAGUAAGUACAAAAUAAAUCCAGAAAAUAAGAAGCAUCUCAACAAUCUGUGCAAGUUUAUUUUAAACAGAUAUAAUACCCCAAUAAUUUAAUAAUGUUAUGAUUGGUUUAAUGUACUUCCCAAAAUAAAACAUGUUGACGUUACUGAUUGUAUGUUACAGCAAUUACUCAUGUCUAUUGCUACUAAGUGCUAUCUCUUACAGUGUAUUUGAUUACAUAUAAUAAAUUGCCUUAUACUAAAUUUCCCAUAUCCUCUCUAUUAUAAGCUUAAAAUCAUCAAGGUCAAGUGUCAAGUGAUUCAGUAUCAUCGUUCAUCCUUUCCUGACAGUCUUAUUUCAGUAUUAACCUCAAUAAUAUCUGAAGGCCAUAACAGGAAUUACAAUGUAUAAAAGGUUCCCCUCACACAUAUAUGCUAGUCAUUCCCGACUCGAGGGGUGGUGCUCAUCUCCGUUUCAAAGCCG